GCACGGCUCUGGCGGACGACGGAAGUUGGAUAGAAAAUGCAUCGGGACUGAGUGCGAAAGUGAGUGCGCGUGUGGUGAAUUUCCGCCGAAGAGAGCCCCGAAGAGAGCCGCUAAGUGUCCCUAUCGUUUCGAGUAAGAGCACCUAAGUUGGCCAAAAAGUAGUCGCUUGGCGGCGCAGUCAAGUCGAGUCCUUGCUGGCAGUCGGUUGUGUCCUGGCGGGAGUGCUUUUUUCGUGUAGGAGAGUGUGCCGGCUCCGGGCCAUGCAGUCCCUUAAAACAUAACAAAACAUCAAAUCAUCAAAUCACCCGUAUCACCCAAAAGUGGAAAAGAAAAUCAAAAGGAUACAAAUGUGCCAAAGAAUGAGAGGAGAUGAAGAGUCAAGUGUCUGAAAUGUAAAACCGCUCAAAAAGUGAAAGCCAAAUCAAAAUUUGUACAAGUCACUGCCACACGGAAAUUCCUGAAAGCAAAAAGCUCAGUUUAAAAACGCAGCAAAACAACAAAAUCAAAUCCACCAAAACUCAAAUUCAAAUUCAGAUCAGAAUCAAAACAGAAGCCGGAAAACAUGUGGAUUAGUAGCCGCUUUUUUGUGAUUUUCCUGCUGCUCCAUCUUGAUACCACCUGCAGUGAACCAUUCGAAGCCCACCUGCGCGGUCCCGGAUUCGUGAUGGAGCCGCCCGGGCGGGUGGAGUUCUCGAACUCCUCGGGCGGCUGGCUGGACUGCUCGGCGUCCGGAAGUCCGCAGCCGACGGUCGACUGGGUGCACGCGGACGGGUCGGCGGUGACCGAGAUCCAUGGCGUGCGGCGUGUCCUGCGGAACGGGACCCUUGUCCUGAUGCCAUUCGCCGCCGCCGCGUACCACCAGGAUGUGCACAACACGAUCUAUCGCUGCAUCGCCAGCAAUUCGGUGGGUCGCAUUGUCUCGCGGGACGUGCAAGUGCGGGCGGUCGUGGCUCAGGCCUACAAAGUGGAUGUGGAGGUGCUAUCUGCGUCCCGGGGCUGCACCGCCAUCCUGCGCUGCGUGGUGCCCACGUUCGUCAAGGAAUUGGUACGAGUGGUCUCCUGGGUUCAUGAACCCGCUAUCUACAUCUAUCCCUCGUUGCAAGGCGAUGGCAAAUUUCACCUGCUGCCCACCGGCGAGCUGCUCAUCCACAAUCUGCAGGAGAGCGAUGAGUCGCAGUCCUUCCGCUGCCGCAGCAUGCACCGGCUCACCCGCCAGGUUGUCGUCAGCUCGCCCACCCGACUGCGUAUUAAUUCGCAUCGCGGCAUCAUUUCGCCGAGCGUGGUGGAGCACACGGCUCAUGUGCAGGUGUCGCAGGACGAGGGCGCCGUGCUCCUGUGCGUCGCCCAGGGCUGUCCUUCGCCCGAAUACAGCUGGUACACCCACAAUGGAGCAGGACCUCUGCCCGUGCUGAGUGGUCCCCGUGUCCGACUGCUCGGCCCCAUCCUGGCAAUCGAGGCCGUGACCGGCGAGGAUUCCGGCGUCUACAAGUGCACGGCCGGCAAUGUGGGUGGCGAGGCCAGUGCCGAACUCCGGCUGACGGUGGCCACGCCUAUCCAAGUGGAAAUCUCGCCGAAUGUCCUUAGCGUUCACAUGGGCGGCACCGCGGAGUUCCGCUGCCUGGUCACCAGCAACGGCAGUCCGGUGGGCAUGCAGAACAUUCUGUGGUACAAGGACGGGCGUCAGCUUCCCUCCUCGGGACGCGUGGAGGACACGCUGGUGGUGCCACGAGUGAGUCGGGAGAACCGCGGCAUGUACCAGUGCGUGGUGCGACGGCCCGAGGGCGACACGUUCCAGGCCACCGCCGAGCUCCAGCUGGGAGAUGCGCCGCCCGUCCUGCUGUACAGCUUCAUCGAGCAGACCCUGCAGCCAGGACCAGCUGUGAGCCUCAAGUGCUCCGCUGCCGGCAAUCCCACGCCGCAGAUUUCAUGGACACUGGACGGAUUUCCGCUGCCAUCAAACGGAAGAUUUAUGAUCGGACAAUACAUCACCGUGCAUGGCGAUGUAAUUAGUCAUGUUAACAUAAGCCACGUCAUGGUCGAGGAUGGCGGCGAAUAUGCCUGCAACGCGGAGAAUCGGGCGGGACGAGUGCAGCAUGCGGCCCGCUUGAAUAUUUAUGGUCUUCCGUACAUUCGACUGAUUCCGAAGGUAACCGCCGUCUCCGGCGAGACAUUGAAUCUGAAGUGCCCGGUGGCGGGCUAUCCCAUCGAGGAGAUCCACUGGGAGCGGGGUGGCCGGGAGCUUCCAGAUGAUAUACGGCAGCGUGUCCAGCCGGAUGGCUCACUGACCAUCAGUCCCGUGCAGAAGAACUCCGAUUCCGGAGUGUACACGUGCUGGGCGAGGAACAAACAGGGUCACAGUGCCCGGCGGAGUGGCGAGGUGACGGUCAUAGUGCCGCCGAAGCUCAGUCCCUUCCAAACGAACAUCCUGCAGCUGAACAUGGGCGAUCGCGCCUCGCUCACCUGCUCGGUGGUGAAGGGCGACCUCCCGCUGACCAUCAACUGGCGCAAGGAUGGGCGCCCCAUCGAUCCCACUCAGCACAUGUCCGUGAAGCAGGUGGACCAGUACAACAGCAUCCUGGUGAUCGAGAACCUGGGCAGCGACCACACCGGCAACUACUCCUGUGUGGUGCGCAAUUCCGCCGCCGAGGUGGAGAACUCGCAGGCCCUGCUGGUCAAUGUGCCGCCACGCUGGAUUGUGGAGCCCGUGGACGCGAAUGUGGAGCGCAAUCGCCACAUCAUGCUGCAUUGCCAGGCUCAGGGUGUUCCCACACCCAGUAUAGUGUGGAAGAAGGCUACAGGCAGCAAAUCGGGCGAGUACGAGGAGGUUCGGGAGCGUCCCUUCACCAAACUGCUGGGCAAUGGCUCUUUACUGCUGCAACACGUUAAGGAGGACCGCGAGGGCUUCUAUCUGUGCCAGGCCAACAAUGGCAUCGGCACCGGCAUCGGAAAGGUCAUCCAGCUGAAAGUGAACUCCUCGCCGUACUUCUCCUCGACUUCCCGCUCGGUGAUGGUGAAAAAGGGCGACACGGCGUUGCUGCAGUGCGCCGUUAGUGGGGACAAGCCGAUUAACAUUGUUUGGAUGCGCUCGGGCAAGAACACUCUGAAUCCAUCAACCAAUUACAAGAUCUCGGUGAAACAGGAGGCCACACCGGACGGAGUAUCCGCCGAGUUGCAAAUCCGCACCGUGGAUGCCACCGAUAGUGGUCCGUACUUCUGCCGGGCUAGCAAUCUGUAUGGAAACGAUCAGCAACUGGUGCAGCUGCAGGUCCAGGAGCCACCACUGCCACCCAGUGUCCUGGAGGCGGCCAUGAUCAGCAGCCGGUCGGUGAACCUCAAGUGGCAGCCCAAAUCCUUGGGCACCGGCGAUGUGACCAAGUAUCUGGUGGAGUUCCGCGAGGCAGAUCCUUUGUUCGUGGAGCAGUGGCAGCAGAUCGAGGUCAAGGAUCCGCCCCAUUUCAAUGCCCUGAUCGAGAACCUCAAGCCGGCUACGCGAUACGCUUUCCGGGUGAUUGCGGAGGGUUCAGCCGGACGCAGUGCACCCAGCCAGGAGCUGAUCGUUCGCACGGAGCCACAGCGACCCGCAGGACCUCCGCUGAGUCUGUCCGCCAGGCCAUUGUCCUCCACCGAGCUGCUCAUCAGUUGGGUGGCUCCAUUGCCGGAGCUCCGACAUGGUGACAUCCAGGGCUACAAUGUGGGCUACAAGUUGUCCAGCUCGGGCAACACUGUCUACAACUUCACCUCCAUUUCCGGCGAUGGCGAUGGUGGUAAUGGAGAGCUACUCCUCAGCGGAUUGGCAAAGUUCGCCCGAUACACUGUCGUGGUGCAGGCUUUUAAUCAAGUGGGACCAGGACCUCUUUCGGAACCCACCGCAGCCCAGACAAUGGAAGAUGUUCCAAGUCGUCCCCCAGAGGAUGUGCGCUGUGCCGCCUUGUCCUCGCAAUCGCUUCAGGUGUCCUGGCAACCACCGCCAAUCUAUCACACUAAUGGCCUGCUGCAGGGAUACAAGCUGAUAUUUGAGCCCAUUAUCGACGACAUCCAGCCGAGCAAGGAUGAGGUGGAGUCCCGUAAAACCACGGCACUUACAAUGGUGUUGACGGGUCUUCGAAAGUAUACCAAUUACAGCAUCCAGGUCCUGGCCCACACGCGAAUGGGUGAUGGUGCUGUAUCAAAGCCAUUGUUCUGCCACAGUGAAGAGGAUGUGCCCGAGGCCCCGGCGGAUAUUAAAGUGGUUUCCAGUUCAUCGCAGUCCCUGUAUAUCUCGUGGCUGGCGCCCACUGAACCCAACGGCGUGAUCACCAAGUACAGUCUGUACACGCGUGUGGUGAACGGUCGCGAGGAGCUGAACAAUGAGAAGCGUAGUCUGCCAUCGCAGCAGGCCUACUACGAGGCGAAGGGUCUGCAUCCGCACAUGGAGUACCAGUUUUGGGUGACGGCCAGCACGCGAGUGGGUGAGGGCAAGAGUUCGCGGGUCUCCUCACAGAUCACCACGAAUCGAGUGCCGGCCAGGAUCAUAUCCUUCGGCGGUCCAGUGGUCAGACCCUGGCGAUCCACCGUGACCCUGCCCUGCACUGCGGUGGGCAAACCCAAGAGGGAGUGGUUCAAGUCGGAUGUGGCCCUGCGGCAAGGUGGCAUGCACAACUCCCAAAUGCUGGACAGCGGAGAUCUGAUCAUCUCCAGUUUGCAACUGGCGGAUGGGGGCAACUACAGCUGCCAGGUGGACAAUGGCAUCGGCACCGACCGACUGACCCACACACUCUUGGUGCAAGUGCCACCCACAUCGCCCACCUUGUAUGUGACCAGUGCCACCUCGAGCAGCAUCCUGAUGCACUGGAAGUGCGGCUUCACGGGCAAUGCACCCAUCACCGGUUACACGCUGUUCUACCGGCGAGCCAAUGGAAACACGGACGAGAUGCAGUUGUCCCGACACGCCUCGAGUCACGAACUGAAGGGUCUGGUGUGCGGCAGCACGUACCAGAUCAACCUGAGUGCCCAGAACAAGGUGGGCACCUCGCCCCCUAGCACCAUGCUGCACGUGCGCACCCAGGGUCAGUCACCCGGCCAUCCCGCCUCCACCGCCCUGCUGGCCCCCAACUCCACCUCGCUCCUGGUUCGCCUACACUCCUGGCCGGACAAUGGCUGUCCGCUGCUCUACUUCGUGCUGCAGUACCGGGCGGUGACCGAAGAGCCGGAUGCGGAAUGGGUCCUGGUAUCGAAUGCCUUGAAGCCCCAGCGACGCGUUGUGGUAAACAAUCUGCGACCUUCAACACUCUACCAACUUCGCAUGGAGGCGCACAAUGUGGCUGGAAUCUCGCAGGCAGACUUCUCCUUCGUGACCCUGACCAAGGAUGGAGAUCCACCACCACCGGGAAUCAUGCAUCGUGGCCAUCGUCACACCACCGUGGUGCUUGGGAAUAUCAAUCUUCUAAUUCCAACCAUUGCCUCAGUUUUGGGAUUGAUCUGCACCAUUAUCAUGGUCAUCGUCUGCUACAGACACAUGCUCAAAAAUGCACAACCGCUCGCAGAGCAAAGCAACCACAUUCAAAAGGAAUCGCUGGAGAAUCGGGCUAAUUCAGAGGCUGCUCAGCGGGAGCGAUACUAUGCCACCAUUCACAAGGUGUCCAUGCAAAAUAACGAUAAGAUUCCAGAAACCUCCGAGGACAUCUCGCCGUACGCCACCUUCCAGCUGUCGGAGGCUGGGGGCAACAUGUCGCAGCCGCACCACGGCGGUCCGGCCAACACGCUGCUCCACUCGUUCAUGUACCACGAGCGGGCCUUGGCCGAGGGCUGCUCGUCGCCACCACCAGCCGCGUCCAAGAACCGGAGGCGCCACUCGCGGAAGACGGAGCCGGAGAGCGAGGAGUCGGAGUCGGACCAGGACCAGCUAACCUCCAGUCGCACCGAGUCCUCCAACCAGCACGAGGGCAAGAUCAAGCACAGCAUCAUCUACCAUGGAGCACAGUCGAGCACCUCCUCCGAUCUGUCACCAAUGUCCGAACAGAAAUCAUUGCCCCGCCGCGGUCGCUCCAGGGCCGGCAUCCUGCGCACGCUGCAUCCGCUCCAGCUGCAGGCCGAGUGCACCACGGGCGCCUUCCAUCGCACCGAGGACGGUGGACUGGGCGAACGGAUCGAGCUGGCCGAGGUGGAGGUCGAUGUGGACACGAUUAAGAAGCUGAAGCUGGGUCAGAGGUCAUCGCUCUGGUCCCGACCCUCCUCCACCACCUCCCAGCUGCAGCAGGAUCAGCACCACCAGCAACAGCGGCAGCAGCAGCAACACCACCCACAGCAGCAACAGCAACAGCAACAGCAGCAGCAGGCACCACAGCAACCACACAAACGAGCGCAUUCAAAGUCACCGCAGCCACAACAACAACAGCCACUGCAACAGCAACGCCAACAACAACAUUCACCCGCUCCUGGCCAGAAAUUGCUUAGCGAGAAAUCGGAUUAUUCGAUAUCCGUCUGAGACAUUGGUAAGAUCUGAUCGCAAGAUCAGCAGAUAGGAUGAGGCCAGGCCCCCCGAUAGCCAGAAAUUUAGAAGGAUGAGGAUUUGGGCCCGUUUUUGUACAUUUUUGUAAUGCAUUUGUUACCUUACCAACCCCAAGUUCUUACACCCCACAAAAACCUCAACUCCAAAACUUUCGGAAGAGCCCCUGUACCCAGUAAUACAUUCCUGCCCCCCCAUAACAAAAUUAAUAACACUCAGUAAACUUUCGGACAAUCAGUAUCAAAAUUUUGCACCAACCAUCCAAAAACCAAGCAUACCGAAUCAAAACACUUCCCAUUAUAAACUCCUGCCCGUAUUUAUAGAGGUCAUACUAUAUCUAAGUAUUAACGAUUGUGCAUGCUAUAUACCCACGUAUACACAUAUGUAUGUGAAUGAAUAUGGCAUGUGUCCAGACAGAACCCAGGUCAGUUGUCGAACUUCCAGAAAUGUUGUAUGUAUAUAUACUAACGUAGUCUCUUAAGUAUCCAUAACGACUAAUGCGUAUAUCACUCGAAACUGUAACUCAAACUACUAACUGCAAAACUAUCGCAAACUAUCGUAUCGUAUCGAAUCGAAAUCGAAAUCGAACUCGAACUCGAAACUUGAAACUGUUUUUCAUCGUAUGUAGGAAAAGGAUGAUCUUCUAUGUGUGGGUAUCUCGAAUUAGUAAUGAGUGUUUGGCCUAUAGCUACUCCUAAAGUAGUUCUAUAAGUUUCUGUUUUGUAGUGCACCAGGACGAUGUAACGAGGAAUUUAAUCUUGAAAUUUGAACUAAACCAAAAACUCAGAUAUAUGCUGUGUACAAAUUUAUAUGAAUGUAUAUUUAUAUGUGUCCGUGUGCGUGUCUACGUUAUGAGGCAGUCGUGUGCUCAUGUAUAUAGGAUAUAUACCGAGAUAAUAUACAAUCGCAGAAUACUCAUCUAGUUGUUAGCGAAUCCAAAUUCAAAUCCAAAUCCAUAUACAUGUAGAGUAUUGAGAAUAUUUUGUAAAUAAUCAAAAGUAAAACCCUCAAAGGACUGACAAUGAUGCAUCAUGACUCCGCUGAGAAAACUGACACACAGAAACAAAACCAAUUAAAGCCACAAUGAAAAUGUUAACUAAAUGUAUUCGAUAUAGCCGAUGUACACACACACUCGAAUAUGUCGCCAGCUGAAUUUGAAUUCAAAGCAGUAUUCAUAGAUAAUAUGACAUGAUAUCGCAGUAACCACGCAUUAGUGUUUCCAUUACAAUAAACUGUCAUUCGUCGAGUUGUAGAUAAAUGUUUUUAAAAACGAAUUAAAGGAAGGAAGGAGUAUGAGAAUGAGAAUGAGCCUGUAGGAGAAUCAAAUACAAGUCGUAAUCAAAUUUCGAAUUAUUACAAACACUCAAUCAAGCAGCAACAAGAAACGAAAGCCAAGUUAGGAGCAGACAAACAAACUACAAAUUAAUAUAACUCUUAGUUCGUAUCGAAUAAUCCAAAUAAUACGAGUACAUAGCUGUAUUUUAACUAGCCUACGAAAGCAUAAGGAAACCCAUUAAACAGUCAAAUAAAAGCGAGAAGGAUCAGAGGGACGGAUCGAACCCAUUUCGGAAACCAUGUGCCAAAAUUUGUUUUUAGACAAAGCUCUCUUAAAUUACGAGUAUACAAUAAAUAAUGCAAGCCAUGAAAAGCGAGUAAAUAGCAGCAAUGAAAUAUGAACAUACAAAUUAGAGAAACAGAAUCCACAAAAUAAAGUCGCAGAUUAAGGUGUUCACUUGGGGGAAUUUAUUGGGCCCAAGCCCCAGAAUAAUUAAUUUGUGUCUCAUUUCAAAUUAAACGCAAAUUCACGAGCCAACAGCACUCUUUGUUUAUAUAGCGAUUGCGGCAUUAACGCCGCAGCGGUUUUAGUCGGUUUUUAUAUGAAUUUAUUUGUACGAAGCAAUGAAAUGGUUUAUUACAUUCAACAUCGAAUUUUACGAAUUUAUUAAAAACAACAACAGCAAGUUGCGACUGCAAAGGGGCAACCUCACAGCAAAGUCUACAAAUCAAAAGAUGAAAUUAACUUAAUAGAUCACAAUCAAAACGAGAAGAAAACCAAGUACUUAUACGAGAGGAGAAACAAUUUUUAUGUUUAACAUAUAAUUAGCACAACAACUACAAAAUAAAAACUAUUAAUGUAAAAACAAACGGCAUUUAAAAAAUAUAAGAAA